UUUCCUUUCUCUUAUUCUACUUAUCUUACUCUCUCACACACUCUCUAUAUUAUUACUCUGUCUUGAUAUCUCAUCUAUCUGUUUUCUGUAUAUCCCAUUUCUUGAACCCCUCCUCAGUUGUACCCUCCAAUAACUCCUACACAACACAAACACCACAAUGGCCGACAAAGAACUCACCUUCGCCGAGGUCUCCGAGCACACCACCAAGAAGGACCUCUACCUCAUCGUCCACGACAAGGUUUACGACUGCUCUUCCUUUGUUGACGAGCACCCUGGUGGCGAGGAAGUUAUCCUCGAUGUCGGCGGCCAAGACUCAACAGAAGCCUUCGAGGAUGUUGGCCACAGCGACGAAGCCCGCGAAUUGCUCGACGGCAUGUACGUCGGGAAGUUGAAGAGAAUGCCCGGCGACCCAGCCCCCAGCACCCACGGCAGCUCUUCGUCCUCGUCCAGCGGCAGCUCGGGCUCUGGUCUCGGUCUCGGUCUGUACGCGUUCCUUUUGCUCGGUGGUGCGGUUGCCUACGGUGCCUAUCAGUAUCUGCAGAAUGCCGCCGCUGCUGAGAACCAGCAGUAAUUUUAUCUUGAAAGAAAGAGAAAAAGCAUUUUUAUUUUCCCGUUCAUAUUGAUCUUGGGGGUUCCGGUCUAAUUUAGCAUGGGAGUGUCGUGUCGUGUCUCGCCUGCGCAUGCGAUUUUCUUAUUUUAUGGUUUUAUUUGACGAUUUUUACUACUUUCUUUUCUUUACUUUUUUUUUUUUUUUUUUU